GGCUCUGAUAGCUGGAGCGGCCGCAGUGACCUAACCUCAAAAAAGUGAGAAGUUUUUUCUUGGAUUUUUCUCUUCAAAUUUUUUCAUAUUUUACGCGAAUAAUCUUAAAACUAUUCAGUGCAGUGAGAUAUUUAAAAAGAAAAUGUGGUUUUCUAAACUAUCUGGUGUACUUCCUAAAUCUCAAAUGUAGCAAAAGUGGAAAUUGGCAGAAAAUCAAUUGUUCGUCUCCACAACAACCAAAUUGCAGUGUUUUAUUGAACUUGUUGUGUCAAUUGGGAGUUAAAAGGAAAAAAAUAAUUGCUGGUGAUGUCUCAUUUGACUUUCCGAUAAGCUGGUGUUAUCUAGAAUCUCAGAGAGUCUGCCUGGGACUACUGACGGCUGUCUUCUCCAAAACACAAGCACUUCCAGUUGCAUACAUAGAUGGUGUAUGGGCGAGAGUUUUCGGUCACGCGUACUCAAAUGCUUCAAAUUUUCUGACACUUUCCACCAAAAAUACAGUCACUGAAAAUCCUCUUUACUACGUAAACGGACCAAUUGACCAGGAAAGUGCCGAUUGAGUGGCGUGCGAAGAGUUAUUUAGUGACAAGGACACGGAUAUUCAUUGUGCUGUGAACAAAGGGACAAAAAUGAAACUUUUCAUUUCACUGGCCUGUUCCAUUGGCUCCAUGGGCAUAGCCUGGGGCAGUUUAUUGUCCCUCAACAUUUCUGACAGGAUCUCACUUCAGCGUGGUGUCUUCCUCUCAUCCCUGGGCUUCGUGUACUUUGUCUCCCUCACGGAUUUCUUCAAUCGAUUCCUCCUGGAGACCACAAAAGGACUCGAAUGGCGCAAAAAAUAUCACCUUAUGGUGUCUGACGUGAUGGACAUCACAAACAAACUCGUGUCUGCUGUCCAGGCGAGUUUAUCCUGCCUGGCGGGUUUCCUGGUGUGCAAAUCCUCCUGCAAUCGAUCAUUCCUGCAUGCAUCGCAUUUUGCUUCGGAGGCGUAUGCGUGGUUUGGAGCUGCGUACUUCUUCUACGAUCUAUGGAGUAUGUACAAGGUACACAUUCAUAAGGUGUUGGAUAAGUUGAAGAUUGUGAAGGAUCAGACGAGAAUAGGAGUUAAUAAUGGCAAUGGCCAUCAGGUGUGUGAUAAAAAUGGGGGUAAUGGGGUGUGUGGGGAUGAAGGUGGGUAUCGUAGGAAGGAGAUUCAGGAUGACUAUGGCAAUGAGAUAUCAUUGGAGACAAAACCAUCAUUCCUGCGAUAUAUCUCCAGGCAGCCAUUGAUGGUGGGUCAUCAUAUCUUUAUUGGGUCUUUUGGACUGUGUGUCAUUGCUUAUUUGAGGGGAGGACUGGGUGAUUGCAUCUUCAGUUUCAUCUUUAUGAUGGAGGCAUCGACACCUUUUGUGUCCCUUAGGAGCAUUCUCAGUACGCUGGGAAUGAAAUCUAGCAAUUGGUACAUGAUGAAUGGGAUUUUGAUGCUUGUGACAUUCUUCAUUUUUCGCAUCCUUAUGCUCCCAUUCGUCUUCUAUUGGUACAGUCUCACAGUGAAUUUGCCCUUUAUCAGGGCCAUUGCUUCACUACCGCGUGGCUGCAAAAUCAGUAUUUGUAUUCUAUUCUUGCCACAAAUCUACUGGUUCUAUCUCAUUGUCCGUGGAGCUCUUAAAGUAUUCUUCCCGAGGGUGUCAUCCACUAAAGGCACAAUCAGUCAGCCAAAUUCCAACAAACCCACAAAAAAUGUGAUCUCAGCUGAUGGGGAAGGUGAUCAGGGCACUGAGAAAAAGUCUGAUCACUUCUUUGCCAUGGACAAUGGCAAAGAAAAAUCCCUAACACUUAUGUAAGAAGAAAUUUUUUGAACCAUUUUUCUCUGAUUUUUCUUCUCUCGAGUUCACUCGAAAGUUGAAGUAUUUUCUAUAUAGGGAUUUAUUCUUAUUAAAAAAAAAUAUAGGAAGAUACCAAAAUUCAUACUAAUAAAAUGUAUAAAUAAAAAAAAUUAGGUGUGCAAGAACUACAGUGAAGGAUCUAUUAAAAAAAAAAAAACAAAUUGAAAAAUCAGCAAAUUUCAGAAAUAUUUAUGUGGUAUAGUAAGAAUUUAAGAUUUUUUUUUAAAUAUUAUUUGUGGCUGAUAUAACUUUAUUGAGAAUAUAUAUAUUUGUAAUAGUCGUCACGGAACUAGUCACACUGUAAUAACUGUAAGUAUAAGUAAUGCGAGAGACGAAGAAAAAAAUGUUAAAAAAUGAAAUUUCUCCCCUCCGAUUUCAAUAUAUCUCAGUGUCUCAGAACAAAAAACCUUAUCUACAGUAAAAUAACAACAAGAAACAAAAAGGAAACAUACCAUCCUCUUUCGGUAAUUGACCAUUCUUUUUUAUCAUCCCUCCACUGGCCUCUUUGAUAAAAUAUAAAACUGAAGAAUUUAUCGAGACAUUCCAAUAUUUCGAGAUUACACUGAAAAUCUUUUUUUUACAUUGUAAAAAAAACAACAGCAAAAAGUCCUAUACAUAAAAUCAACUAUCGACAUUGUCUAUGUGCAUAACGAAUUUGUUAAAUGUGCUUUAUGUCAAAAGUAUAACCAAUUUACAUUUUUUGUGCAGAUAUAACUUGAUGGUGAGAAUGAUAUAACAAAAAAAUAGGAAAAGAUAAAAUAUACAAUUUGAUAUUUGCUUACACAA